UCUGCCCCGCCGCGCCCGCGGGGGGCGGAGUGUGAGCUCGCCGGGAGGCCGCUCUGGACUCUGCACCCCUACGUGUGUGCGCCCUACUUCCCGCGUGUCAGCAGUCCUCUGCCUGCCCAUGGAAGGGGCCGGAUCCCCAUCGACGGGGGAAGAGCUGGAGCUCUCGGUGCUCGGGGGGCAGCCCGACGAGCAGAAGCCUCUCAACGGAACCGUCCAGGUCAUCCCUCUCUCGGCCGAGGAGUCCCGCGCAGCCCAGGCUAACAAGGAGAACCCUUGGAGCUCCUGUAAUAAGAAAUUGAUUGGAAAGUGCAAACUGUGGAUGGUCAUUGCCUCUGUUUUCCUAGGUCUCAUUGUAGUGAUCAUCAUAAGCUUAUGUCUUAUUGGAGCAACUUACAUCGAUGAAGAUGAAAACGAAAUACUUGAAUUAUCAUCAAAUAAAACAUUCUUGGUCGAGCUAAAGAUUCCAGAGGACUGUGUUACUGAGGAGGAGUUGCCUCACCAGCUCAGGAAAAGGCUCACAGAUGUGUAUAGUUCAUCCCCGUCUCUGAGUCGUUACUUUACUUCAGUGGAAGUUAUGGACUUCAGCAGUGAAAAUGCCACCGUAGCCUACCACCUGCAAUUUGGGGUUCCUUCAGAAGAUGACAGUUUUAUGAAGUAUAUGAUGAGUAAAGAGUUGGUGCUGGGCAUUUUACUACAGGAUCUCCAUGAUCAGAGAGUGUCCGGUUGUGAGACUUUGGGGCUUGAUCCAGCAUCCCUCUUGCUCUACGGUAAGUCGAAGAAGUCAGGAAGGCAGAGUUGUGACCUUCAGUAAGUGAACCAGAUGGAGGGCAGCUGGUUUGGUUUGAUUUCUGCGCAAGUGAUGUUCACGCUCCAUGGAGGAGGUUACACGGUCCUGCCUCCAUGAGCAGACAGAGUAGGUGGGAAAAAAUAAUUAAAUUGUAAAGAUGAGGCUAAAUGUUUCCCUGUUGUAGCUCACCCACAUUUGGAGUCCCAUAUCCCACUUUGCAACAUCAUUGGUGAGCUUCAUGAAAAUGCCACGGUUUCACAAGAGAAGUAUUGGAUUUGGAACGAAUGAUACCUCUAAAUCAUUGAAAGAUUAUCUCAGUAUGAGAAACCGAUCUCCUUUUUCUGUUGAAGGCCACUGAGUCUAUUACAUUAACAGAGGGGCAUGAAAGGGCAAAUCAGUCUCUUUGGAAAGUUAAUCAACUUACUCAUCUACUUUUGAAACCAAGAGUGGAAUGAGAACAUUGGUAUGUUACUUUUCAUCAGCAUGGAAAACACCCUGCUUGUCAGAACCUGAGAAUUUUUAAGACUUUGCACAAAACCCGGUGAAAAGGAAGGUGGGGAGGUGAAGUAACCACAAGCCUUGGAGACGCGCCUCCAUGGCAUCUGCACUGGGAGCUUCGGCCUGACCUCUGGUCUCACUUCCCACCCUGAUCCCUCGCUUGGAGGCGCAGGGGCCCUUGUUAGUUAGCCCAUAAUGCCGACCAUCUUGUAUAUUUCAUCAUCUGUGAUCCGCCGGAAAUACUUUCUGCACACCGGUAGUAGUAAAUGCCAGUUAAAUGAGUGAAAAAGGCAAAUUAGGAGAUGUAGUUAGCACCAGGCACGGUGCCAGCCAGCCUAGAAUCAGAAGAGCAGGACAGAUUGCCAAGUACUCCUGUUCCUACAUAGUAUGAGAAGGGGUGUUCAUUCUACUGGCAUUUCUUGAUGACGGGAAGUGAAAGUAGGCUAAUCCUUGUUUAAGACGGUGUAGUUAUAUAAAGCAGGUCUUAAAGCUUGCUUUUUCCCAAAUAAGUAGAAUGAAUGAUAUUCAGAAGGCCAAAUUUAAGCUCACUGAGAAUGAAUUGCUUCCUCACAGAGCAGUUUUACUUACCUGAAUAAGUAAAGUGUGUCUGUGGGCCAGACAGAGAGCAUCCAAGUGUAGGGUGAAGAGGUUAUGCACCCCUCAACAGGAAUUUUAGAAAGAGAGAGAGAGAGAAGGGAGGAAGGAAAGAAGGGAGGCAAGGAAGGAAGGAAGGGAGGAAACCCUUCAACCCCCUGCUGUAUGCAGAGGUGAGAGAAGGGAGGUGCAGCUGCCUGAGAUGCAUCUGGUGGCCGUUGCUGUGUCAUGAGUGACCUCGAUUUUCCGAGCCCCCUCUGUACUUUGGUGGUUACCAGCUCUUUCCAAAGGUAGGCAGGGAAAGUAGAAGAGGAGGGUGAGAAAAAGUUGAGAGGGUUAUAAGAGUGGGAGGGCCACUCAGAGGGCAGUGGCUUGUGAGCCUGGGGAGAGCUUGGGAAGAAUUUAAGCUCAGACAGAUGGCCUUGGAGACAUAUCCCUGGGGCCAGACGGCGGCAGGUGCCCGAAGGAUGCAGCCAGGAGUAAGCAGGAGAUUGUAUCAUUGUUCCUCUCAGACCUUUCUGCUGGGGUGGGGGGUUUCUAUGACCCCGCGUCCACUUUCUAGAGCAUGCAUGUGCAGUGUUUGAGCCAUUCGAUACCCUCAGGAUUGUGAGUAUCAGUCCAACGGGAGACAACACAGUGACCAUUUGGGAAGAGUGAGGAAGGAAGAAGAGAGACCCCGAAAAGGCAGGCAGGCUAAGGGAGGGGACGAGCUCAGUCAGGGAUAGGUGGGCUGAGCAGAGGCCCCUGGGAGGGACCCAGUGAGACCCCAUGUGUUCUUAGGCCAGUUUUCCAUGUUCACCGCACUGUGGGUCUGAGGGUUACCCCACCCGCCCCCCGUGAUCCUCUGGGCAACCAGUUUCCCACAGAGAUGCUGCUCCAGUUCUGCAAAGAGCAAUGAUUCUUCUUCUUCUUUUUUUUUUUUUUUUAAGUUUAUUUAUUUUGAGAGAGAGAGUGAGAGAGAGAAAGAAUCCCAAGUAGGCCCUGCACAGUGUGGAGCCUGAUGGGGGGCUCGAACUCACGGAUUGUGAGAUCAUGACCUGAGCUGAAGCCAGGACUUAACUGACUGGGCCACCCAGCCACUCCAAAGAACAAUGAUUCUUAAAAUUCUUCUUCCAGAAGCGCCUGGAUGGCUCAGUUGGUUAAGUGUCUGACUUCUUGAUUUUGGCUCAGGUCGUGAUCUCACAGUUCAUGAGUUCAAGCCCUGCACUGUCAGUGGAGAGCCUACUUGGAAUUCUCUCUCUUUCCCUCUCUCUCUGCCCCUUCCCCAGUCUCUCUUUCUCUCUCUCUCUAAAUAUAUAAACUUAAAAAAAUAUUUUCCCACGUAAUAAGAGCUUUUAGGAUUGAUUCCCUUAGCAACUUUCAAAGGUACCACACAGCAGUGUUAACUCUAGCCCUCAUGCUGCACAUUCCACCCCCAGAACUUAUUUAUCUUACAAUUGGAAGUUUGUGCCUUUUCACCACCUUCACCCGGCCCUCUCCCUCUGCAACCCAUCUGGUCUCUUUUUCUAUGAGUUUGUUUUUCCUAGAUUCCACGUGUAAGUGAGAUCGUGCAACAUUUUGCCUUUCUCCGUCUGACUUUGGUCACAUAGCAUGCCGCCCUCAAGGGUAACGGAACUGCUUUACUAGAUCUCACCUCCCCCUUCUGCUAUUUUUGAGCUCCUUCACUUUAUGGGUGUUUGGGGGCCUGGGGAUGGGGUGGGGGUCAGUCUGUUUUACAAAUGUAAAAUGGCAGCACGAGUUAUUUUAGACAUCUUGACCUGGGGUAGUUAUUUUGUACUGUUUUCGCAUAUGUGAAGGACUCAGCUAGACUAAAUGAAGGCAAGAGCCAGAUUUGUGUGAGAGAAAAGAGGAAAACGCUGCAAGCAGUGAGAAGAGUGAAUCCUGUUUGCACAUUUUGGGGGUAAACUGAUGAGCUGGCUGCAGGCAGAGGAGCCAACGUGUGAGUUCCGGUUUUGACAGGACUGCUUGGUAUCUAGGAAAAUCACUUAGGUUGUGUAUUGAUUUUCCAGGAAUCUUGGAAAGUUUAGCCAAGAGGCACUAAUUCUCAAGUGGGGUCAGUUUUGCCCCUCCACCGCCCCCUUGGGGUAGCUGGUAAUGUCUGCCGAUGUUUUUAGUUGUCACGAUUGGGUGCGUGUAUGAGAUACUAGCAUCUAGCAUCUAGAUACCAGCAUCUGACUAUCUUACAAGGCACAGGGCCCCUCUCUACUGUGGUAGAGGUUUUUCCCCUCUGGGGAAAAAAACAAAAAAACCAAAACCUCAAGGCAACCUGGCUGGACGCAUGCGUGACAACAUCCCUCAUGACCCUAUAGCAUGAGACCACUCAAUCAGGCUGCAUGUUUGUGUGUGACCAUAUAGGGAGACAAAGAAAUAGAAAAUGUAUAUAAAAAACUAUGCUACCUGCCGUUCGGGGCUCAGUGCUUCGGGUACGAACCCAGCUAAGCGGCGCCUGCAUGGGCGAAGUUGCUUCCUGGAAAGAAAAGCCUCAGUGUCACGACUCUCUGUGCGAGAAUCCUGCUACACUACUACAAAGAUUUGUCCAGCCCCAAAUGUCAACUGUGAGGACCCUGUGGCAGUGCACGGACCCUCCAUGUGAUGGUCCUCAGGUCCUUGCAUGGGCAUCUCCACCUUGGUCAAGCCAGGUCCACGCCAUUUCCCUCAUCAGACUUGCUCACAGUCUAUUGUAUACCAUUUAACACACUGAAAAUUUAGAGGCUAGUAGAUAUCUAUUAGCUAGAGGCUAAUAGAUUAUGAAAACGGACAUCAUUUAAAUGUCCUCAGCACCCAAAAGGCUUCAACAAAAUGUUAUCGUGAAUCAUACCCAAAUGAAUGAGCAACGGGUUAUCUGCGUUUUGAAAAGCAUUCAGGGGCACGUGGGUGGCUCAGUCAGUUGAGGUCCCACUCUUGAUUUUGGCUCAGGUCAUGAUCUCCUGGUUGGUGAGUUCGAGCCCUGCAUCGGGCUCAUGCUGAUGGUGUGGAGCCUGCUUGGGAUUCUCUCUCUCUCUCUCUCUCUCUCUCUCUCUCUGCCCUUCCCCAGUUUGGGGGCUAUCUCUCUCUCUCUCAGAAUCAAAAAAAAAAAAAAAUUAAAAAAAAAAAAAAAAAAAAGAAAAGCAUUCAGAGAUACGUGUGUGUAUUGACCGAAGAGAAAACUUCCUCUGUUAGGGAUUUAUAGGCAUUUCAAGUUUACAUAAGAGUUUAUUUUCGAACCCAAUGAAAUAAAAUGAAAGCAUAAAUCUGUACAAUAAUCAUGAUUUAAAAAAAUUAAUGAC